GGAGUGAAGUGUUUGGCGUGCUACUGCUAUCGGAGUUUUUUUUUUUUAUUCGUCGCUAUCUGUUGUCUUUCGUUGAGAGUUUGUUGUCGUUUUGUAACGUAACUCGCCAGGUUUUACGUUAUUAAUUCAGGAAGCCAGACCCGUAGCCGAUUUAUGGGACGUUUUAUAAAAGUUCCUGAAGUGCUCUUUGAGGAACCGGUGGACAGCGAACACCACCAGAGAUGGAAAGGCUAACCGAUAGCUGAGUUGUUAGCCGAGAAUCACAGGUCAAGAAUAGGCUCGAGCUAGCAUGCUAACGGCGAGCUAAUUUAGCAUUUUAUCGGCUAACCGAGUGACUUUGUUAACCUGUAACGUCAAAACUGCUGUCGUUUAUUCCUCGGGCCCCGUGUAGCACACAGUGAAUAGUUUAGCAAAGGCUAGCUAACCCCCCAAGAAGACUCGGUCUGUGUUACAAGGUAAAGGCGGAGAAGUAUUGUUGAGUGGUGGCUGUUGUUCAUCUCUCAGCCCAGACCAAGAGCAUGUUGUCCAACGCACAGAACCAGCCACUGUUUCCCAACUCGGCGGGGCAGCCGAACCCGACCGGGCAACAGAACCCUACGGGCCAGUUCCUCCCCUUCCACGCCAGACCCAGCUUACAGAUCAAGAAGAACGCCAUAACAGACGACUACAAGGUGACCAACCAGGUGUUAGGGCUGGGUAUCAACGGCAGGGUGCUUGAAAUCUUCCAGAAGAAGACCGGAGACAAGUAUGCGCUAAAGAUGCUGCAGGAUUGUGCCAAAGCCCGUAGGGAAGUGGAGCUCCACUGGAGGGCGUCACCUUGUGCCAACAUUGUGCGCAUCAUUGAUGUCUAUGAGAACCUCUAUCAAAACAGGAAGUGUCUACUCAUUGUCAUGGAGUGCAUGGAUGGUGGUGAACUUUUUAGUCGAAUCCAGGACAGAGGAGACCAGGCCUUCACAGAGAGAGAGGCAUCUGAUAUCAUGAAGAGCAUAGGAGAGGCCAUCCAGUUUCUGCAUGCAAUCAACAUCGCACACAGAGACGUCAAGCCAGAGAAUUUACUGUAUUCCUCGAAGAGGCCGAAUGCUCUGCUCAAACUCACAGACUUUGGCUUUGCCAAAGAAACCACCUCACACAACUCUUUAGCUACUCCGUGCUACACACCAUACUAUGUUGCUCCAGAGGUUCUGGGCCCAGAGAAAUAUGACAAGUCAUGUGACAUGUGGUCGUUGGGUGUCAUCAUGUAUAUCCUGUUGUGUGGAUACCCUCCUUUUUAUUCUAACCAUGGUCUAGCCAUCUCUCCUGGGAUGAAGAAGAGAAUCAAGAUGGGCCAAUAUGAGUUUCCCAACCCUGAAUGGUCUGAUGUAUCAGAAGAAGCUAAACAACUGAUUAGGACCCUUCUAAAGACUGAGCCGACCCAAAGGAUGACCAUCACAGAGUUCAUGAAUCAUCCAUGGAUCAAUCAAUCGAUGGAGGUUCCCCAGACCCCACUUCAUACCAGUCGUGUACUAAAGGAGGAGAAAGACGCGUGGGAGGAUGUCAAGGAGGAAAUGACCAGUGCCUUGGCAACAAUGAGGGUCGACUACGAGCAAAUCAAGAUCAAGACCAUUGAGGACUCAACCAAUCCUCUGCUAACGAAACGGAGGAAGAAAGCCAAUAGCGCCGUGGCGAACCCAUAGUCUGCGGGCCACUGAAAGAUGCACGCAUGCAUGCACAUAUAAACACAGGUUGUAAAAAGGAAGCAAUAAUUUGUCUACACAUGAGUCGCAUUGCAUGGAUUUUCUCAGUGUUUUAUUUUUCAUGGUAAAUUCUAAUGUUUUGUAGGAGUGUUUGUUUUACUAUACCCUUUUAACAAACCCACUGCUCUGCUCCGGCAGAGAGGAUGUUGAUCUGUGUUUUUACACCAGUGAAGAGAUUAUGAAUUCUAGAAAAGGGGAGGAGAGGGAAUCAGGUGAGAUCUCUCUCCUCUCCUUUCCCAAAUAUCAGGUUGAGUACUCAGAGGGGCUUGAAUGUUGGAAUAGGACAUGAAGCCUUAGCAUUAGAAGUAGUUCUUUUUCCACCCCACCGCCCUGUUCUAGCUCUAGCCCCACACCUGUGAAUGUUAAAUCCAAUGGCUAAAUCCCCAAAAAAAUAAAAGCAAGGGAAGGUUUCUUUUAUGUACAUGCAGCGUAAGCAGAUGUAUAUUGAACUGACAAGUGGAAUGUAAGGACUCUGUCCCUGACUGUUGGAAUCACCUGAAAAUAGUCGCUCGUUUCUGGGACUUGGGCCGGGAGUGUUUGUCAGGUUCAGUUUUGUCUUCAUGAAUGUCGAACAGAGGCCUAUGCACUCACAGAAGGGCCACGUGCCAUUCAGACAGAGCACCUCACACUUGGCCCCUCUCUCCUGUUUUAUUCUAUGCCUGUUUUUCAGGUACAUAGUUUUAGGGCAGAGAAGGAUGGCACGUUUAAGACCAGAAACUGGCUCGUCUUUCUCCUGCAUGUAGCUCAUAGGAGAGUAGGAGCCAACGGAUACUGUAUUUUUUCAUGGAUUUUAUCAAUAUUUUAGCAUAGGCCUUACUGAGUGUUGCUAAAGCAGCAAAAUUGCUUUUAACCCUUACCUACCAUUUCGUUCAGGCUUUUAGCAAUGGUAUGCUUCAGAAUUUAUAACCGUGCCAGAUUAUAUUUCAGGUUAAUGCUAUGCAGAUGUAUUUGUCAGCUUGAAGUACUGAUAGGGCAUUUUUGUUAGUGUUGAGUGCUGUUCGCAGAUGCGUUGGAGAGAUGUCGAGCAACAGUAGGGAGCGCUUGUGUGUUUUUGUGUAAGCAGUAGCACCCUGUAGGGAGUACAUGGUUCAGGCCGAUCAUUUCGAGUUACUGUUGGUUACACCAGCUCAACUGUCAGAAGUCUCAGUUGGACUAAUUCGGGGCAGCGUUCUCCAGCACUUCUCCUCCGCUCUUCCUGGAGGAUUGACAGGAGGCAGAAAGUACUUAGGAGCUGUUCCUCUUCCCUGAGCACAACCUGACAUACCACCAGCAAGCUGUCAUCACAUUCAAAGAGGGUGUGAUGGUUGGUUCCUCUUCAAUGUUCUGUUAACACAGCACGACACUUCCCAGCUCACUUGGGGUCGUGGGAAAUGAUUGUGUUACUUGUCGGUUUGGUCCACUUCACUUUGUAAAAUCACAUCCACAUUACCUGUCGCAUUGCACCUACAAAUCUCUCACUGUAAAAUUGUUCAUUGAAUAUUUGGGACAGUGUUCCCUUUGUUUUUCUUUCUUUUUUUUUGUUUAUCCCUAUUAACACUUUUUUGUAGUGGAAGCACAGAUGUGUCUGUCUGUUUUUGUUUUUGUUUUUUUUUCCCCCCGUCAUUGUGUCUGUUCAGCUUCACCUGCCGUACUUUUGUCUGCUUCAGCUUUGGAUUAAAAAACACAUAAAGCACAAACCUAAUCACUUAUCUCAUCAUUUUCCGAAUAUAAAAAUAUUUCGAGUAAGAAAAACACACAAGGCUGUAAACCUCUAGAGAUAAUGUUCUUUACUGAACUAUAUGUAAAAAGGAAAGAAAUACAGGCCUUCGGUAGCACAAUAUUGCCUGUAAACAACUGUAAUGAUGGCAACAGUAAUGUCUUUUGCUAACAUUAUGGUCUCAGAUUUUUUCCGAAACUCCCACUGGAGAGUUUGUCUUCUUGUUUUAAAAAAAUAUCUGCAAAGCAGUUACCGUAGAUGAUACUUAAAUAUUUAAAGGUCAAAGUUAUAUGUUUGUCUUGGAUCUGUGCUGCCAAGAAAAAAAAAAAAAAAAAAUCAUCCUACCUUUUUAAGACACCAACUAGUACUUUUA